AACAGAGCCGCAAAUUUCUCUAUUUUUACGAUUUAAAGGAAAUAUUUAUCAACUUUUUACAUUAAAAACUAUUAAAAGAUCAUUAAUAGACGUGAAAGAAUUCAAGAAAAAUCGAAGACAUCAAAGAAAUCACCCAAAAAACCAACAAUUUUUAAUUUCCCGCAAAAGCAUGGAAAAGCGACGAAGCAGCAUCAACUCGUCUUUGAACAUCAGCGAGAGUCUUGUUGCUCCUCAAGCGAAUUCCACACGGAUUGUUAGCAACUUCAUCGGGUCAUCACAGAAGACGGGAGUCAAAAGAAAACCAACUUCGCCACUCAGCAGCCGAAAUGCCAUGUCAAAAACUAGUUUAGGGACCAUUUGUUACAACAGAUCACUGGAUCCACAAACUUACUCGGAUAUCACUAGUCAAGGCCUUACUUCUCGCCUGGUUCGGUAUGGCGGCAACGUUCAAACGACAGAAACCAACAAACCGAGUCCCCUGCGUUCGGCGUACCUCAAAAAAAGUGCAUUUCCCAUGAUAAAAUUGAAAAAAGAUGGCAACAAACCGUCAGCACAGCGCAGCCAGUCGUUAAGUUGCGUUCGAAUCGCUCCGCCAGAAAAAGUUACCUUUCAACCGAAUGCCCGAUCGAGUAUUUUACGCUCGGGAUCGAUGAUUGCGAUGCCGAAUCUCGGUGGCAUGAGUCGUCGUGACAACGAACCGCUAAAUCCGGCAAGUAACGAGCACGGAAGUAAUCCAACGCGCAGCGUUUUGGACGAAUUGCAGGAAAUUUCGCGAAAACGCAUCAAUAAUGAAGAGUUAGAUACGGAACGGAUCAAGAAACAAUGCAAAAACAUCACAGAAGUUGACGGCACAACGACGUACCAGAACAAUACCUUGUCAGAUUUCAGCGGAACCAUGUCGGAUUUGGUGUAUCGCAGUCCAAUAAUGCAAAAACGCACGCGGGAAGGACAACCCGGGCAGACGAGUCCAUCAAGUGCGGAACUGGAGAAGCAAAAAAAGCGUCUUUGCACGAAAAAUAACGAAGUUGCGAGCAGUUUGAGUUCCAGCAUUAGUCUAGCGACGCCGAAAAGACAAGUGAACGAGCUAAAUACGCGAAAAGGACUCGAUUUGAACAAGGAACCGCCAGAGGAGACACCCGUAAAUGUCGCAACACAACAAAUUCCGACCAGAAGUGGCGUCAUUAAGGAAGUGCCACAGUCGAAUUUGGUCGUUCAAGUGCCCGUGCUUCGAAAAGAACCAAAACCAGUUAAAAAUGACGUCCCUACAGCUCCGAAAUUGACUCUUUUUAACAAGAAAUACGACGAUAUGGGAGUCAAAGAUGCAGAUUUGGAAGAAACGACCGAGAAAAAAAGUCGUUUUGUGAAGCCAAAAGCUUCGGACGAGGAUUUAGACAUCAAAAGUGUUAAAAAAGUGGAACAAUCAAAGUUGGCUGUGCUUUUAAAAUGUCUCGCUGGAGAACUAGAUGAUGAUCCCGCUGAAGACGCAGUCGAUAGUUCGAAAAAAGAAGAACCUAAAACCGAAACUCCAGCUAAAAUUGAACUAAAAAUGCCAGAAGCUCCAAAAGUAACCGCUCCCGUGAUUGAAAUUCCAUCGCAACCAUUAAAACUUCCCGAAAUUAAACCUCUUGAGACGAAAAAACCCGAAGAAAAUACUCAAAAGAACGAAAAACCAGCAGUUUCGUUCAAUCUCAACACCGAACCAGCGAAAUCUGUGGCGCCAUUGAUUCAACCGACAACCGCAAGUAAGCCAAGUUUCACUUUUGGAUCAACUCCAGCAGCAACAACGGCUUCUUCAUCACCUUCAGCGAGCAAUCCAGUUGUUACAAGCACAAUUUCCGGCAUUACGAGCUUGCCUUCGUUGGUGGUGCCAUCAUCAACUGCAGCAACAACGAAAGCGGAGACAAAUUCGAAUACGUCGUUCAUGUUUGGAAAUAUCUCGAACACGGAAUCUUUGCCGAAACCGUUGAUUUCAGCACCAACAAGUGCCUUUACAGCAACUUCAGCACCAAGUUCGACGCCAGCUUUUAGUUUUGGAUCGAAUGCGACACCAGCAGCAAGUGUUUCGACGGCUCCUUCGACAACAAGUGGCAGUCAACCAAGUCAAACGAGCAAACCGUCAUUCGUUUUUGGGGCAAGUAGUGCUGGAAAUAACGAAUCAAAGCCUGCAUUGCCGACAUUUGGAGCGAUUGCGUCAACAAAUUCAACAUCAAUUCCAUCCUCAACGACCGCUGUGGCCUCCCCAUUCGGCGCUUCAUCAACUCCUUCGAGUACUUUCAACUUUGGGGCACCAAAAACUUCAACAGCUGCUCCAUCACAGCCUUCUGCGAUACCAUCUUUAGGCUCUGUUUCCGCAUUUAAACUGCCAGAAACACAACCAGCGAGUCAAGCAGCUCCAGUUUUCGGCCAAUCAACUCAACCUUCAACAACUUCUUCAGUUUUUGGCUCUUCAACGACUCCUGCUUCGACCACAAAUUCAGUUUUUGGUUCUUCAACGACUCCUGCAUCGACCACAAAUUCCGUUUUUGGAUCUUCAACGACUCCUGCUUCGACUACAAAUUCUGUUUUUGGCUCUUCAACGACUCCUGCUUCAACGACAAAUCCUGUUUUUGGUUCAUCAAGUGCCAAUUCUGGCACUUUUACAUUCGGGCAACAACCAUCAAAGCCUGCUGAGACGACUUUUGGACAAAAUUCCAUCUUUGGAGCGACAAACAAUCAAUCGAAUACUGCAAGUCAACAACCUUCUGGUGGAUUUUCAUUCAAUGCUGCUCCAAAAACCACUCAACCGAGUGCUCCAGGAGGAUUUUCGUUCAAUGCUUCAACAAAUGCCGCUCCAGCAUCGCAAGAACCCCAAAAACCCUCAGUUUUUAGUCGUUUGGGAGGCGUCGCACCUGCUGCUUCCACACAAAAUGCCUCGUCAGCUGUUUCGCCGAGCAAGAGUUUGUUCACUUUUUCAUCGAGUUCCAAUGCGAAUCAAGAAAAACCGAGCUCAAAUGCUCCUCCAGCGUUCGGAAGUAACAUGACGAAUGUCAGUUCGAUCAGCAACACCAGCAGCAUCUUCGGCGGAAACACGACGAUGAACAGUACCGCUCAAAAUACGACAAUUUUUGGAAAUACCUCAACGGGCGGAAACUUAUUUGGAGCGCAACAGCCACAAAAAGAGUCGACAGGAGGAAUUUUUGGCGGGGCAACGUCAAAUCCGCCAGCAUUUGGUGCAACUUCUACUUUUGGAUCGAAUGUUACGUCGCCAACUGCUCCCUCAACUGGCUUCGGACAAAAAAGUACGUUUAAUUUCGGUGGAUCGACGAAUAAUAACAACGCAACUAACAAUACUCCAUCAAAUUCGAGCGCUCCUUUCACUUUUGGACAAUCAGCAACAUCCGCUCCAGCAGCGACAGACAACAAACCCUUCACUUUCGGAGGUUCAAGUGCUCCUCCAGCAUAUCCCGGCCCCGCCACAAGUCAAGAACCGCCGAAAUUCAACUUUACAGCUCAAGGCGCAGGCACAAAUUCACCUUUCGGGCAAAGUAAUAACAAUACGCCGUCAUUUGGGGGCUCCACGGGUGGCAUAACGCCCAGCCCAGGAGCUUUUAAUUUCACCGCCGGUGCAAAUAACAACAGCGGAAAUGUUUUUGGAAGUGCAAGUUCGGGAGGUUCAACUGCCGGAUCUACGGGAGCUUUUAAUUUCUCGGCAGCAGCUCCAAAUCCAGCAGCGCCACAAGGAGGAUUGUCAUUUAAUAUUGGUACUGGAGGACAAUCGCAGCAAGGAAGACGUCCAAUUCGUACUGCAACGCGUCGAUUGAAGUAAAUUUAAUAUUUUUUUUGGUUUUAUUGGUUUUCUACUUGAAUUACAUCAUUUAUAUUCGACAAACUGUAAAGUUGUAUCGUACAUUUAUAUAAAAAUUAUUGUAAAAUAUUGUGCUUUAUAUAAUAAAAUAUUU